ACCCCCAGUCCACCAACUCAACCGCGAAACAGAACAACUGAACAAUCCACAUCUCCCGCCCUCCCCUGCUUCGGCAACCCACGUCCUCUCUUCUUGCUCUGUUUCAUUCUCAAGCCGUGGUGAACACAACAACAAGGGUGGUCCGUAUAGUGGCUAUGGUGGCGAUCACAGUGCCCUGCACCAUCGACCAGAUCCCGCUGGUCAAAUGCCCCAAGGCAGCGAAUGCCGCGGUGCCGACCAUAGACCUGUCAGCACCAGGCGCGGCUGCGGCCGUGGCGGACGCGUGCCGCGGCGUGGGCUUCUUCCGCGCGACCAACCACGGCGUGCCGGCGGCCCUCGCCGAGGCGCUGGAGUCCCGCGCCGGGGCCUUCUUCGCGCUGCCGCACAAGGACAAGCUAGAGCACGCGUCGGCGCGGCCCUUCGGGUACGGCAGCAAGACCAUCGGCCCCAACGGCGACGUCGGAUGGCUCGAGUACCUUCUGCUCUCCCUCGGCUCCAGCACAAUACAGGCAUCCUCGCUGCCACCGUCGCUCCGGGCGGCGCUGGAGGAGUACACGGUGGCGGUGAGGGAUGUGGGCACGCGGGUGCUGGAGCUGAUGGCGGAGGGGCUUGGGCUGGCAGACCGGGGCGCGCUACGGCGGAUGGUGGUGGACGCCGCGGGCAGCGACGAGAUGGUGCGCGUGAACCACUAUCCGGCGUGCCCCCUGGCGUCGGGCGUGACGGGGUUCGGGGAGCACACGGACCCGCAGAUCAUCUCCGUGCUGCGCUCCAACCGCACCGGGGGCCUCCAUAUCAUGCUCCGCGACGGCUGCUGGGUCCCCGUGGCCCCCGACCCCGAUUCCCUCUUCGUCAACGUGGGCGACGCACUCCAGGUGCUGACGAACGGGAGGUUCAGGAGCGUGAAGCACCGAGUGGUGGCUCCGGAGGCCGGCAAGCAGUCCAGGCUGUCGGUGAUCUACUUCGGCGGGCCGGCGGCGACCCAGCGGAUCGCGCCGCUGCCGGAGCUCAUGCGGGACGGGGAGCAGAGCCUGUACAGGGAGUUCACCUGGGGCGAGUACAAGAAGGCCGCCUACAAGACCCGCCUCGGCGACCACCGCCUCGGCCCAUUUGAGGUGCCCCAAACCGUCACCGCCGCCGUCAAAGAACCCACCAGCACCGAUCGCAACUGCAGCAGCAAGGCCGUACAACCGCCGCCGCCGCCUCACGUCGCACAAGUGUACUAGCUAGAUAGUAGCUUUUUAAAAAAUUCCCAAUAUACUUAGUGUUUGCACCUUGA